AUGACCCUUAAGGGUGGCACAACCCAGGCUUGUGCAGCUUGUAAAUUCCAGAGAAGAAAGUGCACAUCUGAAUGUCUUCUUGCCCCAUAUUUCCCAGCAGAUCAACCCAAGAUGUUUCAGAAUGUGCACAAGCUAUUUGGAGUGAGCAAUAUUAAAAAGAUGUUAAAGAAAUUGGAUCCUGCCCGGAAGAAAAUAGCCAUGGAUUCCAUCAUUUUCCAAGCAAAUAUAAGGGACAAGUACCCUGUUCAUGGUUGCUGGGAGGAAAUUUGCAGGCUCCGUUACCAGAUAUGGCGGGUGGAAGAGGAGCUACAUGCUGUUCAUCAGCAGCUUGAGAUUUGCAGGCAGCAUUACCAGCAACAUCUUGAUCAUCAUCUUCCUGAGGAUCAUGUGGCUUCUCAACUAGAGUUGGGCAUGACACCCUGUUCUAAUGGCCUCCAACUGCUUGAUCACAUGCUUCAACCGCAAGAUUACAACAAUAAAGUGGCUGCAUCUUUGCCUAUCUCUCAGCAGCAGCAACAUUCUUUCUCAAAUAGCAAUAAUGAGGCUUAUAAUAAUUCCCUUUACAUUGAUCACAAGGAUAGCGUCCCCAGUCAUUUGUGGGUUGAGCAACCAUAUGGUGAUAACAGUAGUAGUUCCAUGGCAAUGCAGUCUCAAUUGGAUGCCUCACAGCAGCCACUAGUCAUUCAAGAAGGAGAAGUUGUUGAAGAUUAUGAUGAGAUGCAUCCAUUUUUUGAUACUAUUGAUGAUAGACAAUCAUACGUUUAUUCUCAGGAGGCUUAUGAGUCAAGUUCUGAAGAAUCGUUGAAAGAUACGCCAAAGUGCACCGAACAUGUUGCUGAGAAUGAAUUGAAGAAUGCUGCUGCAUGCUUUAGUCUUACCAGUGUCAGCUGA